AUGAAAGGGAAACGCGGCCGUCGCACCGCGUCCGACGCGCAUGGCGCACUGCCGCCACACGCCGUUGACACCUGGCCAUGCGUGCAGGAGCUCUUCCGCAUGCUACACGACGCCAACGCGCCUGCUCUGGGCGUCUGCCCCGACGGCUGCGUCACGCUCUGGAAUCCCCGCAUGGAGGACAUCACAGGCUUUGAAGCUGAGCGUGUGAUUGGCCAUCCGCUGGUGGAAUUCGUGUACGGCAUGCGUCGGAAACAGGAGAUCGUGGAGAUUCUCGAGGUCUGUGUGGCAGCCAAGAGCUCGGAGCUGGAGCUGCGGCUGCCGCUGCUGACGACCACGGGACGGAACGCACAAGUGCUGACCAACAUGACGCCGUUGCUGGCGGAAGACGGCUCUUGUGUCGGCGUCUACGGCGUCGGUCAAGACGUGACAGAGUGGGCGAGUCAAGAGAAACAGUACGCGACAGUGAUGAUGCAGGCCAAUGCGCCAAUCAUUGAACUGGAUAAAGAAGGCAAUAUCACAGUGUGGAACUCCAAGACGGCGUCCAUGACGGGGUACGCUAGUGUCGACAUGGUGGGCGAACCGCUGCUGCCUGUCGUGGACGAGAGUUUCCGCAAGAUUGUGUCGGAGAAGAUCAACCAAGCGCUGACAGGUACCCCCGGAGCAGAUUUUGAACUGCCGCUGGUGACAGCGAGAGGAUCGAGAGUGGAGAUUGUAUUGUGUCUGACGCCGAGGUUUGACACUCUGGGAUCAGUCAUGGGUGUUGUUGCCAUUGGACAGGAUGUGACUGAGAGAAACACGAAAGAGAUGGAGUACAGAAAACUUAUUGAGACGGCAAAUGCACCGAUCUUUGGCGUCGAUACGAAAGGGCGAGUGGUGAUUUUCAAUGCCAAGGCGGCGCAAAUUAGUGAGUACGCGCCGGAAGAGGUAAUGGGCGUCGAUCUAGUUGACACGCUGAUUUCGGAAGAGUUUCGGCAUGCAGUUGCAGCUGUUUUCCAAAGCGCCUUUCAGGGAACAGAGACCGCAAACUUUGAGUUCCCGUUGGUCACCAAGACUGGUCGAAAAGUGGAGAUCCUGUUGAACGCAACACCUCGAUAUGAUCAUACAGGAAAACUCGUGGGAGUUGUUGGGAUUGGGCAGGACAUCACCGACCGUAUCAUUCAGGAGAAAGAGUACAGCCGGCUGAUUGAUACCGCAAACGCCCCUAUCUUUGGUAUUGACUGCAAUUACAAAGUGAUUAUCUGGAAUAAGAAGGCGGCCGCAAUCACGGAGUACACGAAUGACGACACCAUCGGCCAGGAAUUGUUCAAGUUUAUAUCCGAGGACUACCGCGACGCCGUUACUCAAGUGUUCUCGAGAGCACUCGAAGGAACGGGCACCGCAAAUUUUGAUUUUCCACUGAUCACGAAAAGUGGGCGUCGGCUAGAAAUUUUGCUGAAUGCGACGCCAAAGUACGAUCAUUUCGGCAACAUUAGUGGAGCCGUGGGAAUCGGACAGGAUAUCACCGACAGGCGCGCUCAAGAGCAAGAGUAUACGCGUCUUAUCGAUACAGCCAACGCACCAAUUUUCGGUGUGGACGCAAAUGGUUGCGUGAACAUUUGGAACCGAAAGGCCGCUGAUACGACUCAAUACUUUAAUGAAGAGGUACUUGGCGCUAACUUGGUUCAGAACUUUAUCCCGGAAGAUUAUAGAGAGGCAGUAUGGACAGUAUUAUCCCAAGCACUGGAAGGGCAGGAAACAGCGAAUUUUGAGUUUCCGUUGAUCACGAAGGAUGGACGUCGCGUGGAGAUUCUGCUGAAUGCCACACCCCGGUACAAUGAGAAGGGUGUUGUAAUUGGUGUCGUAGGUAUCGGACAGGAUAUCACCAUUCGAAUGGCGCAGGAGCAGGAAACAAAUCGGCUUAUCCACUCAGCAAACGCUCCGAUAUUCGGUGUGGAUCAAGACGGGCGGGUAAAUAUAUGGAAUCUUAAAGCAGCAGAAAUAACUCAGUAUUCUGCCGAAGAAGUCGUAGGAAAAGACUUGGUCAAUCGAUUUGUUGCCGAAGAGUACCGAGCCACGGUCGAGCUGGAGCUCAAAAGGGCUCUCGAAGGUGAGCAGACCAAAAAUUUCGAGUUUCCUCUUAUCACCAAGACUGGAAGGCGGGUCGAGAUCUUGCUAAACGCGACACCCAGAUAUGAUGAGCUUGGUCAAAUCUUUGGUGUCGUCGGCAUCGGACAGGACAUUACCGAAAGGAUUGCACAGGAACAGGAACUCAUUCGCUUGAUUGAUACCGCCAAUGCCCCAAUUUUUGGCGUUGACUCGAAGGGACGUGUGAACAUUUGGAACAAGAAGGCCGCCGAGAUCAUGCAGUAUCCGACCGAUGCCGUCAUGGGUGAGCACCUCGUGGAAAAAUUUAUCACGACAGAUUACCAGGAGGCAGUGAGUUAUGUGCUGUCUGAAGCCUUAAACGGUGUUGAAACUGCGAACUUCGAAUUUCCAUUGAUUACUAAAGCAGGUCGAAGAGUUGAGAUUCUUCUGAAUGCUACGCCACGGUACAAUGAACACGGAGCAGUCAUUGGCAUGGUCGGAAUUGGACAAGAUAUCACGGACCGGAUUGCCCAAGAGCAAGAGUACAUGAGACUGAUCGAUACUGCCAACGCUCCAAUUUUUGGUGUUGACUCUGAUGGGCGCGUUAAUAUAUGGAAUCGUAAAGCAGCGUACAUUACGCAGUAUACGAACAAGGACGUGUUGGGUAAGGACCUUGUUGCUGAGUUUAUAUCUGAAGAGUAUAAGGUUCCUGUUCGUUACGUUUUAGAGAAAGCCUUUCGAGGUGAGCAGACGGCUAACUUUGAAUUCCCAUUGAUUACGAAAUCUGGCCGUCGAGUGGAAAUCUUGCUGAACGCUACCUCACGCUACAACGAACAAGGCGAGGUUAUGGGCAUGGUUGGAAUUGGCCAGGAUAUCACAGAUCGGAUUGCUCAAGAGAAGGAAUACAUGCGCUUGAUCGAUACAGCUAACGCUCCCAUAUUUGGUGUCGAUAUCAACGGACGGGUGGACAUCUGGAAUCGCAAGGCUGCUGACAUCAUGCAAUACACAACCGAAGACGUUUUAGGCGAAGAUCUGGUCGCAGAGUUUAUCUCGGAGGAGUACCGUGUUGCUGUCAGGCGUGUUUUGGAGAAGGCUUUCGAAGGUGUAGAAACAGCGAACUUUGAGUUUCCGUUGAUCACAAAGGCUGGUCGACGCGUUGAGAUCCUGCUGAAUGCUACACCGCGUUACAACGAGCACGGUGAGGUGAAGGGUAUGGUUGGCAUCGGGCAAGAUAUUACUGAACGCAUUGCUCAAGAACAAGAGUACAGUCGUUUGAUAGACACGGCGAAUGCCCCGAUAUUUGGUGUGGAUGCCAAUAUGUGCGUGAACAUUUGGAACCGGAAAGCAGCACAUAUCACGAAUUACUCGAUCGAAGAGGUCAUGGGUGAGAAUUUAGUGGAGACGUUCAUCUCUCCCGAGUUCCGGCCUAUUGUCGCUGAAGUGCUGUCUCAGGCACUGAGAGGUGUUGAAACGGCAAACUUCGAGUUCCCGUUGAUAACUCGUCCCGGCACACGGAUUGAGAUCUUACUGAACGCGACACCUCGAUACGAUUCAAAUGGCAACAUUGUCGGUGUUGUCGGGAUCGGUCAAGACAUUACGGACCGCAUUGCUCAGGAGCACGAGUAUUUCCGACUGAUUGACACCGCGAAUGCUCCAAUUUUUGGUAUCGACACGAAUGGUUGCAUUAACGAAUGGAACCAGAAGAUUGAGGAGAUCACAGGCUAUCAUAAGUCAAGCGUUCUUGGUCUUUCGCUUGUUCAUACAUUCAUUACACCGGAAUGUCGACAACAAGUUCGUCAGCUACUCAACCAGGCGCUGAUCGGCAUUGAUGUAGGGGAAAUGGAGCUUCCAAUGACGACGAAGCGUGGUGUGUUCUUACUACUUCUUGUAAACGCAUCAAGUAAGAAAGAUAUGCAUGGGAAUAUUCGUGGUGUGAUCGGUGUUGGACAAGAUUACACCGCAAGGAAGCACAUGGAGGCUGCUAAGGUGAAUUUCUUGGCCUCGUUUAGUCACGAGCUGCGAACACCGCUAAACGGCGUACUGGGAAUGUUAGAGCUGCUGAAAGAGCAAACACUGGACAAGGCACCAGAGCGGUAUGUACACAUGGCGUAUGUAUCCGGGUCGCUCUUACUGAACCUGAUCAACGACAUUUUGGAUUUGUCGAAGAUUGAGGCUGGGCACUUGGAAAUUUCUGCUGCACCUUUCCGAAUGCACGAGCUACUUGAUUAUUCAAUCGAGAUAUUCAAUUUCAAGGCUCGAGAGCGCGGACUCAAGCUUGAGUUAAAGUGCGACGACAGUGUUCCAAAAGUCGCAAUUGGUGACGUUGUGCGUCUGCGUCAAGUGUUGUUAAACUUGCUGUCAAACGCGAUAAAGUUUACGAAUGAAGGCUCAAUCACGGUAACCUGCAGUGUUGUGUAUACGCCUGAGCUUCCAAAGGCGUUUAAGAAGCUUCUGUUUCAGGUCAUCGAUACAGGCAUCGGCAUGGAUGCAGAGGAAAAGAUGCGGCUAUUUUCGCUGUUUACAAAGCUGGAACGUACGCGACAGAACAACCCUACGGGCUCUGGACUGGGCCUCGCUAUUUGUAAGCAGCUUGCGGAGCUUAUGGAUGGCCAAAUUGGUGUCGACAGUGAACUUGAUGUGGGUAGUAACUUUUAUUUUACGGUGGUUGUUCGAUUGCUUGACAACGUCGGUACCAAGGGGAUAUUCUAUGCGGCAAACGACCUGCUACCGGACGCAGCUGUUUCCGGACCUUCUGAUGGGGCCAUUUUAGAUGUGGACUCAAGUGUUAGCUUGGCAAGUGCGACUCCUGGAAGUGUAGCGGCAGCAAACAACGCGAAGGUAGUGGUUCCGAGACAGGCCAGAAUACUGGUGGCGGAAGAUAACGAGUUCAAUUGGGAAGUAGUGAAGUGUUUCCUGCAAGAUGCGGACCACUUUUUGCAAUGGGAAGUGAACGGUCGAGACGCGGUGAACGCUUACACCGAAGACCAUACCAAGUUCGACUUAGUCUUUAUGGACUGUGAGAUGCCUGUGAUGGAUGGAUAUACGGCUACGAAAAUGAUCCGUCAAUUUGAACAGGAGAACGAUAUACCGCGUAUUCCCGUUCUGGGGCUGACCGCCUACGCCAUGAGUGGAGACCGGCAGAAAUGCUUGAGCUCAGGUAUGGACGAGUUUAUGGUCAAACCUAUUUCGAAAAACAGUCUGCUUAAGGCAAUACGGCAGUGGAUGCGAGUUCGCUACCUCGGUUCUAAAUCUUCUGGCCCAUCAAUCGCUGGAUCGGACGAUUACACCCGCGCAAGAUCCGAAGGCUUAAACGCUUACAUGAUUGCUGCUCCAUCAGAUCCUGUGUCUUCACCAGCUUCAUCCAGAGAGGACGAGCUAGAAUUCGUGCCGUCGUCAUACCCGACUACUUCACUAACACCGUGCCCGUCAUAUGAUAGCGAAGCUGACGAUGGAGAUCUUCUCAGCGCGCCUCCAAUACCAGAUACAAGGCUCGCCCCUGCCUCACGUCACAUGCAACAGCUCGAUCUUGCGCGCGCAAUCUCGAAUCUGGAGUUAGAUGACCCCAUGGCUAUCGGACGUCAGGUAGGCCCUACUGUGCGCACUGCAGUUCCUACAACGUCGAUCUUUAGCUUGGGCUCGUCGGUGGGAAACAGCACUCGCUCUAGCAGUCUUUUGACUCUUCAGCGGGACAAUGGUGGGGCCAUCGAUAGUAUUCCUGAUUGGAAACAAAUCAACAAGACAUCCGCAACCUUGCCGAACAUGAAGGACCAGCCGCUGGAUGGCACAGAGACUUCAGAUUACGUGUCCUCCCACAGCAACCCGACACUUUGGAGCCACCCGCCUUUCAUGUGCAACAAAAACGAGUCCGUACCAUCGGCUUCGUCUUCCCAGCGACCCAUGUCACCGAGUACUGCCUCGGAUGACAGGAGUUCUCGGACUAAAGCAGGGGAUGAAGAAGGCCGGAAUGGAAAUGGCCUACAGCGCUUCAAUUCGGACAAGAGUUCGGGUGAGCAUCCGUCAGGCGAUCCCGUUGCAGCUAUGUUACAGUGCCUGAAAUCCGGCAGUUCAGCUUCUGGAAGUGAUGCUGUGGGCCCGCCUUGUGUCGACCAUGCGAUAGGUGUUACUGCAGAGAGCAACGGCGCAAUGCUCCUAUCGAUGAUUCCAGCCAAUAUUGACAUCCCCGAGGGCGACCCAGUUGACUAUUCGCUAGGUGUUGAGCAAUGUGGCGGUCACGAAGAGCUCUUUUUGGGCCUGCUGGAAAAGUUCACAGUGAGCUGUGAUGCUAUUAUGUCGCGCAUCGUAGCGGCCUAUGAUCGAGACGAUAUCGCAAUUACCCGACGAGAAUCCCAUUCGCUCAAAGGGUCUUCAGCGUACGUUGCCGCAAUGCGUGUUUCGAAGGCGGCUUUUCGCGUUCAAACUGCAUGUGAACAGCUUCAGAGGUACGAAUCGGACGUUAGCGCACAUCAGGAGCUGAUGGCACCACGUGGCACGACGGCGUUGCUCUCACUGAAACAGUCAUUGAGCGAUUCGAUCACCGUACUCAAGAAAGAGCACAGACACCUGCGUGGAUACCUCCGCCGUAACUUCGAGUUUCGUGGUGACGGCAACGCUUCCUCUGCUGCGGCUUUGCCAGUCCAAGGUUCAGCGCAAGACCGUGCUAACGGACCCUGUGCGGUCAUGUAA